GAUGGAAUUGAGAGAAAUGGUUGCAUUUGCAUUGGCUAUCAAGAAUUACUCCAGGAUGAGGCAGUCAAAAAUGGCCUUCCUGACCUGGGCAUCGAACUCCGUGACAUGCCUGAAAAAAUUAUCAGCUGCCUUGGUCUAGCUAUUCACCAGGUUUUGACUGAAGAUCUUGAAGGGCAAGCCGCUGUUCUCCAACACCAGUCCAACACAGAUGGAGAUAUUGAGGGCAGUGUUUUAAAACCGCCUUCAAUAAUUGUUAGCCUGCCAAUUAUUCAUGCAAGAAUAUUACAUUAUGAACCUGUUACUCAGCUUAAGAACAUAAAAGCUAGUUAUUGCGGUCGAUUUUCUGCUGUUAAGGGCACAGUUGUUCGAGUUGGUAAUAUUAAACCGAUAUGCACUCGAAUGGCAUUCCAGUGUAACCAUUGCGGAGAUGUCCAGGUUUUGACUUUGCCAGAUGGACGGUACACUUUGCCUACAAAGUGCUUGGUCACAGAAUGUAAGGGACGUUCCUUCACCCCAAAAAGGAGUUCACCUUUGACAGAGACGGUGGACUGGCAGAUGAUCAAAGUUCAAGAGAUGAUGACAGAUGACAGACGAGAAGCAGGCCGGAUACCGAGGACCAUUGAAUGUGAACUAGUUAAUGAUUUAGUGGACAGCUGUAUUCCUGGUGACAACGUAACAAUAAAUGGGGUGAUCAAAGUGUCAGAUGCUGUUGAACGGACUGGGAGGCACAGCAAAGACAAAUGUAUGUUUCUGUUGUACCUCCAUGCUAACAGUGUAACAAAUACCAAAAGUACUAAGAAGUCAUUAGCAGGUGUCACAGCAUCAAGCAGCUCCAGCUCAGACUUCACCAUCAAAGAGCUGUAUGCCAUCCAAGAGAUCCAAGCGCAGGAUGAUCUCUUCAAGCUAAUUGUUGGGUCAUUGUGUCCAGCCAUAUAUGGACAUGAAAUGGUGAAGGCAGGGCUUCUACUUGGCUUAUUUGGAGGAACACAAAAGUUUGUUAAUGACAAGAAUCGUAUCCCAGUGAGAGGCAAUUCACAUAUCCUUGUAGUCGGUGACCCUGGGCUCGGAAAAAGUCAGAUGCUGAAAGCAGUUGCAAAUGUAGCUCCACGAGGCGUGUACGUAUGUGGAAACACAACGUCCGCCACAGGCCUCACCGUCACCUUAUCAAAAGAAAGUGGUACAGGAGAUUAUGCUUUGGAGGCUGGCGCCCUUGUACUUGCUGACCAAGGCUGCUGUUGUAUUGAUGAGUUUGAUAAGAUGAGUAGUCAACAUCAGGCUCUUCUUGAAGCCAUGGAGCAACAAAGCAUUAGUUUGGCUAAAGCAGGAAUAGUAUGCAAUCUACCAGCUAGGGCUGCUAUUCUAGCAGCUGCAAACCCGGUCGGAGGUCACUAUAACAAAGCCAAAACAGUCUCGGAAAAUCUCAAGAUGGGUAGUGCUUUGUUGUCACGUUUUGACCUAGUUUUCAUCCUAGUGGACAAACCAGAUGAGCAAAUGGACAGUAUGUUGUCUGAACAUGUGAUGGCAAUGCAUGCUGGGAGAAAAAGGUUUUCUGAUGGGGAGUGGAAAACACAACAAAGAACUGUUAACAAUAACGACGAUGAAGCUAAGAGGUUGUAUGAAGCUGAGCGUCUCCUUUCGGAAAGACUUAAAUACAUGAGAGGGGAAACACUAGAUCCGAUUCCUGUGUUCUUACUUCGAAAGUAUAUUGCAUACGCAAGGAAAUAUGUGCAUCCAAAGCUGUCACAAGAUGCUGCCACCGUGCUCCAGAAUUUCUACCUUGAGUUACGAAAACAACAUAAUGGCAUUGAUAGCAUACCAAUAACAACCCGGCAGCUUGAGUCCUUGGUGAGGCUGGCUGAGGCUAGAGCCAGGCUUGAACUCCGGGAAAAGGUCACAGGUCAAGAUGCUGCCGAUGUUGUGGAAAUGAUGAAAUAUAGCAUGAUUGAUACAUUUUCUGAUGAAUUUGGAUUCAUGGAUUUUGCUCGAUCACAGCAUGGAUCAGGAAUGAGUACCAAGUCACAGGCAAAGAAGUUUAUUGCUGUGAUGAACAAACUUGCCGAACGCACCUGUAACAAUACAUUCACUGUCCAACAGAUGCGAACAUUAGCAAAGGAAACAAAUAUCAAUGUUCCUGACUUUGAGAACUUCAUAUCAUCACUCAACAAUCAGAAUUUUUUACUAAAGAAGGGACCACGUCUGUACCAACUCCAAACCAGCAAUUUUUAGAGUGGAGGAUGAAAUCGACAUCAAUCGUAAUGGAUACUGUUGCUAAGGCCCCGUAAAAUGACAUUAUAAAUGUAUGUAAACUUUGAAGUUUUUUUGGAAUAUUGGAUCCUUUUCCCAUUCCGAUAAAAGAGACGGACUGGUGAUGGAUAGUGAGGCAUGAAAGUACUGUAGUAUUUUUGUAUUUUCCUGUUUUGCCGCUGGUGUUUAUGCAAGAUAUAAAAGUAUAUAAAUAAAGUGAUGCAGGAAAAAGGCUAUUCUUUGUUGGUGGAAAAUGGUUCCGCAAGCAGCAUGUGAAACUACUGUAUAUAGAAACUGUCCAAUCGCUGAUUUUUUCCACCUUCCAUGUUACCAGAGUGUAGCAACAAUCCUUUUAUUAUUUAUUUCUCUGAUUAAAGAUAUGGAAUGCAAUAACAUGGAGGAAUACAAUAUCUCAAUCUCAACUGUUAUUCAGAUCAGUUGAUUGAUCAUAGACUAAUAUCAACCAGCCUGCCCUAGAUAGGUAGAGUAAUAAACUAGUAUUUUUUUUAUGGGCCCUAAAUUAAAUAAAAUCAAAUGCUGACAUUAAACUAUAGCUUUACCCUAUUCAUACUCUCAUACAAUCCUAAAAUUGAUGCCAAAUGCCAUUGUUCUUCUUCUGAUACCAUGUCAUUUGAAGUCUCUCCAUAAAGUGAUAUAUUGUAAUUACAUAAACAAAAACACAAUUAUAAAAUAUGUAAAAUUACCAGUAAUCAUUAAAUAUAAAUUUACGUACGCAUAGACACAAAAUUAAGUAAUUUGUAAUAUAUAAUAUAGCUUGUGUUAUUGAUCUCUGUUAUUACACAAUCUCAGCAGCAGUGAAGCUAAAAUAAGAUUGAUAGAAGCAUUUUAAAUACAAUUCAAUUAAAAUAUUAAAACUAUUUAAAAAUAUUAACAAAUUUAUACAAUUUAAAAAUACAAAGUUGCACUAUAUUUACAGUUGUACAUCACAGAAAUCCACACCUCAAAAUUUAAAAUACAAUCAUAAAUAUGAACAUUGAAAUAUAAAUAACAAAAAUGUACACCAAAAGCCCUUACAAUCCAAGCUCCAACCACAAUGUGACUACCCAAGCCAGUCCUCUCCAAUUCAAUUCCACUAUCCUGAGAAACGCCAUGACACAGUACUUAUACAACCUUUUUUAAAUCAUAAAUACAUUAGUUGAAUAAAUAUCGCUUGAUUUUUCACUCAUAAUGAAAGAGAAUAUGUAUUGAAUGACCUAAAGAGUGAAUAUACCAAUCCACAAGAAUAGUGUUGAAUAUUUCAUCGUAUCAACGACACAUCAGCAACUGUGACAGGAAUUAGGCAGGCCAGGUCUUAUAUACUGUGCUAAUAAGCUAACAGGUGUUGGAAAGUAUUG